UAAAGUACUAUGAGUACAGUAAGCUCAUGCUCCAGCAAGCAACAACCGACCCGAGGUUAUCUUGCAGCAAUCCAGCAGUGUUGACCUUGCGAGCAGGAAAAGGCCUGCAGUUCUGCAGAAUAGCUUGGCAGACUUGGUGCUUGUGCUCUUCAAUAUUGCAGACUAAAUUUGAUGUUACACACAGAACAGUAGUUAAACUUGCUCGACAUCAGGUUACUGAGCCUGCAGCGUGACGUCGAGGAUCAUGACGAUGCAGGGCAGCGGCGUUCUAGUUCUCCUUCAGGCAGGCAUGCGUUCUGGAGCGUCCUGCUCGGCUAAGGUCGCGGCUCCAGCGUGCAGCAGAAACAUAUUCAACAAAGUCCCGCAAAGUGGGGAAGCGUCGAAUCCCCUCACAAAUUCCUCAUCUAGCACGCACACAAUCCACGACCGCACCAGCUCCCCAUCACGAAUCCAACGGAAAUCCACUCUCACACUUCACCAUAAAUCAACAAUCCCGCUCCAGCAAUCCACUGCCCCAGCAGCUGCUUAUCCAAGCCCCCUAUCCGAUGACAUUUACGACCACCCCAAAGUGAUCAAUGAAUCGCUGCCUCACGGCUCCAAGUCUAAUGUCAUUAUCGGCAGAAAUGGCAUGCCGCUGCAAAUUCGCACUCUUCCUAAAAUGCCAGGCGUAUUUGGCUCAGAUCCUUAUUGUAUGGAGCAUUUACCAAAGCUGGACGUGAAUCGUUUCAAGAGCGGCCCGUCCAGCACCAGCGCCCUCUCUAUGUAUUGUUAUCAAAGAAAACUCCAUAUCGAUAAGAUCUCCAAGUAUAUGACGCUCAUAUCUCCAGUGCCUGAAGAAGGCACGUACACGCAGGUUCAGCGCAAGCAGUACAAGGACGCGCGGCCGCUGGUGCUGCUGUACCCAUGGCUCAUGGCACACGAUAAGCACGUCGCCAAGUACACGAGACUCUACACCGACCUGGGCAUUGACGUGCUCAGGGUGAACAUCACCCCGCUCGACCUGCUCAGACCCGUGCCUCGUGCCCAGGUCGCUGCCAGGGAGGUGCUGGAGUAUCUGCUCGCUAACACGUGCUGGCACAAGCUGCUUAUACACGGCCUCAGUGUGGGGGCUUACGGCUUCAUGGAGGUCAUGACUAAGAUGGAGGCCCACGAGGACCGCUACUUGAGCAUCAGGCCGCGCUUCAUCGGGCAGGUCUGGGACAGCCCCUGCGACCUGCCCGGUCUCAAGGAGGGCGUCUCGCGGUCCAUCACCAACAACAGGAUCCUGCAGAUCAAGAUCAUGGACGCCCUAGAUUGGUUUCUGGAGUUCCGGUACGAGGCGGCAACACGUCACUACGUCAAGACCCAGGACAUGUUCCACAAGAACUACUGCCGCGCACCCAGCCUCUUCCUCUACUCCAGAGCUGACCCUGUCUCCGUGCCCUACAUCAACACUAACCUCGCCAACUGGUGGCACAAGUACGGCUUCGAGGUAUUUGCGAAAGUAUUCAACGAGUCAGGACACGUCGGCCACUUCCCUAAAUACAAACUAGAGUACACGUCCCACGUACACGCCUUCCUACACCACAUCGGCAUGCUGCGCUACGCUGGCAUCAACUUGGAUACGUAAACAUAAUAAACAAAAACACAAAAUAACGUUUAGAAGAGGUAAUGAGAUUUGUAGAUUAUUUCCUUCCGGUUACUCUUUAUAAGUUUUCCAGAAGCGUUUGCUUGUCACCGAGUCAUUUCUUUAAAUGGGAAUUGAACUUUACGAAUAUGAUUACUGGUACCCGUAUAUCUGUAACCCAUACAUACCGAUCGCGGGUAUCAUUACCGGGAAAUUUCCAAAUUUUAAGAAAAACUGUUGAUUUUAUUCCUUAUGUUAAAUGUACUAUUGAUCCAUUUUGUAAAUUAGCUUAUUUGUCGUGUUAAGUUACAUUUUGUUGGAUAAAUACUAGCAUAGCAAACCAAAUAAAUUGAUGAAGAACGUUUUACCCAUAUUCCUAUUCAACACUCGAGUGUAUUUAACUUAGGCUCGUAUAUAGAGAAACAACACGUCUUACCUUCGCUGGUAGUACGCAUUCCGUUCACAUUUUUAUUAGUAUCUUCUCAUACAUAUUAGUGACUUCUCGUGUAUGGAGAAGUUGCGUAUCAAUUAACCGUCUUGUCUCUACGUCACAUUGUUGUUCGAUAUGUCUUAUUUGUGUCGCAGAGUUGUAUCGUCGCCGGAACGUUAGUUGUUAAAAUAUAUUUAUUUUAAUCGAUACGAAUUCGUUACUGUGAUUCUAACCAAAUUGGCCUUAUCGUAAUAAGCUUUCACUGAUAAAAAUUAUUAGGCUUUUGAAAAAAGCUUACUUAUUAAGCUUUAAAAUUACUAAGCUGAAUUAAGCUUUCAUUGCUUUCGGUUGGAACUAUGAGGAUUAACUGGAACUAUGAGGAUUAAUAAGCAUCCAAAUGUAUUAUUGUGUUUCCAUGCUGCUGAAAUAUGAUUCCACGUGAUGUAGGAGCCACUCGUCUUAGACUAAGAUUGCUCAUCCACCAUCGAUGUUCGAUGAACUAAGUGUGCAUUUUGACGGCGUUCAUAAUUUCAUUCGAGAUAUUUUUUCUAGCUGAUGCAUAUAAUCGUUAGUGCAUUUGUGCUUCAUUGGUUUUGGGGCUCAAAAUUCGCCACGACGAAUGGGGAAACCUGGAGCGCACGUAUCUUGGACGACUUGCAACUGAUCUUUAUUAAGAGAUACCUAUACACUUGCAGCAAACGGAUCUCUGGAGGGCUGUAGCUGAGCUUUCAAAAACCCUUAUAAAUUAUAUGUUCAAAGGUCCACUCCCUCACUUUUAAAUUUCCAUUCACACGUUACGUACGCUAAUUUACUUUAAAUUCAUUACUAGUUUGGUAUUUUCACCUGUUUUUUAUGUUUCAAAAUUGUAUUCUCUUCGUUCCGAGGUUUAUGAUUGUUUUCUCACUCCACUGCGUAAUUUGAUUUUAAUUCCUGCUCAAAAUUGAAAUUCAUUCUGCACCACGUAAUGGAUACCGCACCUGGCAACAAAGUUAUUUUUACCUACGAUACAAAUAAAUUAGAGCUUCGUGUGAUGCUACGCACAUUGUGUUUAUCAGUUCGUUGUGGUUAUUUAAAUCACAUUUAGGUGUUGUAAUUAGCUUGGUGAUGGCUUCUUGAAGACAUCAACUAUUAUUGUACGCACAAUUAUGUGCGCAAAUUAUGUUAACGUUUUUUGUAGAAUGUUUUUUUUAUAUUUAAUCAUUAAAUUGUUAUUUCUUUAUUGUUUCGUGUGUGAAGUUGACUCUAAGUGGUCGUACAAAAUCAAGUUUGAGUUAAUUCAUAUUGCGUCCAUACUCACCCUGUCAAGUAUCUUCUCAAAUUACAGACCUUAAGUUUUAAUACGUACUGAAAUUCGAGUUACCUCGGAUACUCCAACGCUUACGAAGCACAUGGAUAUAUGAGAUUAUUUCUUUCUGAAUUGUUAAGUUACCCUAUCAAAAAAUGUUGUAUUUAUUGUCUCACUUUCAGUGAUAUUAGCGCUAUAAGGAUUUGCAAUUGUGGUAAUAAUCUAUUUUAAUACAUUUUAUUUUUGUUAUCUGGAUAAUAGUUAUCAUUAUUAAUUGUAUUUUAAGGGAAAAUAGCACGAUUGUUUUCCUUAUCGACAUCUAUCAGUCCUUGAAAUGAUUCUAAAUUUAGUACCGAGAUGGUUUCGUACAUUCCAACGUCCUCUUCCAUCUACUGUUUUACAUGUUGUUUCCCAAGAAAUAGACUUAUAAUUCAUCAUUUACGAAUAACGACACCUUGCUUUUAACGCGAAGUUUAGGUUCGCACUUUACGUUUGUGUACUUGUCGUAUUUAUUACUUUUUUUAUCUCGGCUUCGACAUUUUCCUGUAUGGUUUUUCGACAUUUAUUUUGUAUUUGUGUCUCUCAGUAAAUAUUUCUCCGGA